CUACGGAUGCUGAAACUGCUCAACGACAAGAGCAACGAGGAACUCGGUUCGGUUAGUAGGGUACUGCCUCCAAGGCGCAUCGGUUACCCAUUUCAUCAUCCUCUUCGGCGGCGCCGGCGCCCACAGCACCGAACCCUCAUCCAGCUUCCUUCCACCCAAGCACGCCGGGCGCCCGUCGUCGCCGCAGCCCCCCUCCUCCUGUCCCCGCUGCACUGGUACUGGAUUGGAUCAGAGUGGACUGCGUCUGUUGGGUCCAGUCCUUUCGCUGGCUGCGGUUGCGUUUGCGGAUUCCUCUCCUGCGCGGCACACGCUGAGUCCUAUCCUAUCCGCCCCUGCUGCAGUCUCGCGGCAGGCAAUGGCGGGGUUCGGAUGGAGAGUCGGCUCAAAGUUGCAGAGAUGGGGAUGGAGCUGCCUCCGGAGCUUCUCUUCUGCUGCAGUUCCGUCUCAGCUGGAGAAUGUCGGAUUCAUCGGACUUGGGAACAUGGGUUCCCAUAUGGCAAGGAAUUUGAUCACCGCUGGAUAUAAAGUUACUGUUCAUGAUAUAAAUGAAAAUUCCAUGAAGAAAUUCUCAGAAGAUGGAAUCCCCACAAAACAGUCUCCACUUGAAGUAUCAGAGUCGAGUGAUGUCAUAAUCACCAUGCUCCCUUCAUCUACUCAUGUUUUAGAUGUAUACAAUGGACCCAAUGGCUUGCUUUUUGGGGGCGAACGCCUGGGACCAUGGUUAUACAUAGAUUCAUCAACAGUUGAUCCACAAACAUCCAGAAAGAUAUCAACAGCCAUCUCAAGAUGCCAUUUAAAAGAAAAGAAAGGUUACGCUGAAAGCCCUAUGAUUCUGGAUGCUCCAGUGUCCGGAGGUGUUCCUGCUGCAGAAGCUGGCAAGCUAACUUUCAUGGUGGGUGGUCUUGAGGAAGCAUAUUUAGCAGCCAAGCCCUUACUUCUCGCAAUGGGGAGAAAGGCAAUCUACUGCGGUGGGGCUGGAAAUGGCUCGGCUGCAAAGAUAUGUAACAACAUGGCAAUGGCAAUCAGCAUGCUUGGGGUCUCUGAGGCCUUUGCUCUUGGUCAAAACCUUGGGAUCAAAGCAACCACUCUUACAGACAUUUUCAACUGUUCAAGCGCUCGCUGCUGGAGUAGUGAUACAUAUAAUCCAGUUCCUGGAGUUAUGGAAGGUGUUCCAUCAUCAAGGAAUUAUAGUGGUGGUUUCACUUCCAAACUAAUGGCUAAAGAUUUGGGUUUGGCCAUGGCUUCUGCAUCUGGAGUCGGCUUCAAAUGCCCCAUGGGUUCAGAGGCACUUGAAAUUUACCGAAAGCUGUGCGAGGAUGGCUGUGAACUCAAAGACUUCUCGUGUGCAUUCCGACAUCACUAUGCUGGCAAGGAUGAAGAGUGAUCUUGGACUUAUGCUGCAAAUUUUCCUCCUUUCGAAAUCAAUAAAACAACAAAUAAGUUAUUGGAAUGCUUACAGUGUAAGCUGUGUAGCGUUGUACUUGUACCAGAGAGGCAGAGACAUGGUUGUUGAGCUGUAGUGAUGAUCUGAUCACCUUUGUAAAACUAGUAUUGGUUUGCUUCUAGGCAAAUCGAGCAAUAGACUGUUCUGGGACAGAUUCAACCAUGAGCCAAGAACCUCCAAUUUCCAGCA